AUGGCUGUACGACAAUUAUCUCAAGAAUUAAUAUUUAUCUGUUUAAAAUUUGGUAUAACCUAUCAAUCAAUUCAAAUUGAUAAAUCAAAGCCAGAUGUUCUCAGUGAACUUCAUCAACAUGCAGUUGAUAUUGUAUCAAAAGCAAUUGGUAGUCUUGAAGUAAAUAAUCAUCGUCAUCAUAUUAAAUUAUUUCUUAUAUCACCUGAUCAUCAACCACCAAGUUUAAAACUAAUAGCACGUGCAAGUGAUUUAACACCAACAUGUUUUAUUGAAAUUGUUAUAUGGAGAUCAGAUCAAGAAACUAAUACUCCAGCUCGUGAACAUGUACUUGUUGAACAUAAUUAUAAAAAACCGACAUAUUGUUCAUCUUGUGAUUAUUUUAUGUGGGGUUUAAUUAAACAAGGAAAACGAUGUAAAGUAUGUCGACGUGAUUAUCAUCAUCAAUGUGCUGAACAUUUACCAGCUGAUUGUCCCGGUCAAAAUUCCGUUGUACGUCGUGCAUCAUCAAAUACAACGAUUAGUUCAACAUCACCAGGUCAAAUAUAUAAAGAUCGAGAUCUAUCAAAUGCAUCUCAUACACCACCAAAACGAACGAAAAUUGCUAAAUUAUUUACUUCUUCAAAACAUUCAUUAAAUUCAAAAUCAGUAAGUAUAACACCAAGACAAAGUGCAUCAUCAAUAAUUUCAACAUCAUCAAAAAGUGGUCUAACAAAUUCAAAUAAACAUAAUACCGAUUCAUCAAAUAGUAUGAAUGGAACACCAACACCUCAUUCAGCAACAGUAGGAACUCAACGUAAAAAUCCACGUAAUACACAUGAACAAAAUAAUCAUCGAACACCACCACCACAAAUUAAUAUUAAACCAGAUCGACGUAAAGAUAUUAAAUUAACAAAUUGUCAAGAAAAAGAUGGUACCUGGACAGCAACAGGACAAUUCGGUCGAGAAAGUCGACAUAGUAAACGUGCAGAAAUAUCGUAUGAUAAGAAAAAAUUUCGAUUUACACAACGAGAUGAUCAAGGAAAUAAACAUGUUUAUGAAAUACCAGCAACAGAUAUUGAAGCUAGUCGUGCACAUUCAGCAUCUAAUACAUCCACAAAUGGUUCAGCCUAUCUUGAUAAUAUAUCUGGAUCACCACCACCACAAGCAAUAGUUUAUCAAAAAUUAGCUUGUUUACUUCUCGAUACAAUAAAUGAAGCUGUUCAAUCGACAACUGAUCGUAAAGUACGUUCAUCAUUUAAAAUUGUUCGUGGUAAUGAUGGUGAAACAAAAGAUUUUGCUGAUUUAUAUGAUAUGAAUGAAAAAGAAAUUCUUGGUAUGGGUCGUUUUGGUAUGGUUUUUGGCGGUACAAUGCGUCGAAAUGGUGUACGUAUUGCAAUAAAAAAAAUUCAAAUGACACAAUGUUCACAAAAAGAUCGAGAAAAUAUUGAACAAGAAGCUGCUUAUCUAUUUCAACUUAAUCAUCCUGGUAUCCUAAAAUUUGAAGGCAUAUUUGAUUUUGAACAACAUAUACUUCUUGUUACUGAACGAUUAGAUACUGAUAUGUUAAAUUUUAUUCUUUCAAAUACAAAUCCAAAAGCUCGUCUUAAUGAAGAUGUUACAAGAUUUCUUGCUUUUCAACUUGUUGCUGCUAUUCGUUAUUUACAUUUUAAAAAUAUAGCACAUUGUGAUUUAAAACCUGAUAAUGUUUUAAUCAAUAUAUUUUCUGCAGAUGUUGUACACUUAAAAGUUGGUGAUUUUGGUUAUGCUCGUACAAUUCAUGAACAUUCAUUACGUUAUACAAAAGUUGGUACUACAGCAUAUUUACCACCUGAAGUUUCUCAUGAUCAAUGGCGUCAUUCAAAAGGUUACAACAAAACUGUCGAUAUGUGGGCUAUUGGUGUAAUUAUAUUUGUCAGUUUAACUGGCUAUUUUCCAUUUCAUGAAGAUCAAGAUAUAUUACCACAACUUGAUAAUAUUCCAAAAUUAUUUCAAGACGAAUUAUUUAAUCGUGUAACAGAAGAAGUUAAAGAUCUAUUAAGUUUUCGUUUAUUAGUACCGGAUGCAGGUCAUCGUAUGCAUUCAGCUGGUGUUAUUUAUCAUGAUUGGUUUCAAAAAUCUCCAAAUUUAUUAACAUCAUGUAGAAAAUUAGAAGAAUAUUUAGAAAAGAAAUGGUUAACAUUAUUUUUUGAAGAAACUGACUCAAAUUCGAAUGUACCAUUUGCAACUGCUGAAGAAAGUGACAGUAGUUAA